CCGUCCUAUUUGAUCUUUUAUUUUAUACGAUAUAAAAUUCCUACUUAUUCUAACUUAUGCCCUCCGGUAGCCCACUGCUGCUCUAUCUCACCACAUGUCUGCAACUGCAUCCGACCCCCUCCGCAUGCUCCUGCUGCCUUCGACUGCCCCUGUAUGGUGGGCCCAUUCGAGGCCGUCUCGGGCCGGGCGGUGCUAGCGCCCAUAAUCCCCACAAGGCAGACCUCUUUGUAGUCACAUGCUAGGUCUGCACGGUUUAAGCCGACGUGCAGUCCGUCUAUUACUGACAGUUCCCACCACACUUAUCACCCCCGAUGGCUUCGGAAGGACAGGUUUCGGCAGAUAGGAUCUACGCCAACACAGUGGUCGGUGAGGAGCCAGACAAGUGCAAUUUACAGGACGUCUGCGACUCUGUGGGCAAAGGCAGCACGUUGUCAAAUAGAUGGCAGACGUGUAAACGCCGAGCCGGAAAAGGUAGGGAUGAA